GGGCGCGCACGCGCUGCCGCCCUCCAUCACCGUGCAUAAAACCCUCCGCCAUGGCCACCUUUCACCUUCGCGUUAUAUUUUUAAUAUCUAUGUUUUUCACUUCUUCUUAUUCAUUAUCCGAUUCUGAAUCCCUUUUGAAAUUCAAAGCUUCUUUAGUCAAUGCCUCAAAAUUAGACAGUUGGAGAAACAACCCUAAGCCGCCGUGCGAUGGCAACCGUGCGAAUUGGGUCGGUGUCCUUUGUAAAAAGGAUACCAUUUUGGGUCUAAAACUUGAGAAAAUGGGAUUUUCGGGAACCAUCGAUGUGGAUUCCUUAUCCGGGUUUUCCAAAUUAAGAACCCUAAGUUUUAUGAACAAUAAUUUCAACGGCUCCUUACCGGAUUUUAAUAAACUCAGUGGCUUGAGGUCGCUUUAUUUGUCGAACAAUCAACUUUUUGGAGAUUUACCGAAAAAUGCAUUUGAAAGUCUGGCUAGAUUGAAGAAAUUGUACCUUUCGAAAAAUAAGUUUACGGGCGAGAUUCCGUCGUCGAUAGCUAACCUUCGUAAGGUUAUAGAGAUUAAGCUCGACGGGAAUAAGUUUUCCGGUAAGAUACCGGAUUUUAAACAGCACAACUUCACACUGAAUCUUUCAAAUAAUGCAUUGGAGGGUUCUAUACCUGCAAGCCUUAGUAACAUGGAUCCCACCAUAUUUUCCGGCAACAAAGGUCUAUGUGGAGCACCAUUAAUGAAGACUUGUGACUCUCCACCUUCCCCUCCCACAACCCAAUCCUCCGCCCCUUCACCCGCCCUCCCCACAACCCCUUCCCCCGCUCCUUCCCCUGCCCCUCCCAAAACACCCGCCAUUUGGCUUCCCACCAUCCUUUUUUUAGUCGUCACAUCAAUCAUUUUCGCCAUUCUCACCCUCCUCUUAAUCUGUUGUCGCAGCAGAGUGCAACCGCCUCAUUCCAUCGAGGCUCCGCCACCGACAUCGGGUGCUUCGCAGAAAAACGAUGUGGAGCUCUCUUUCUUGAGGGAUGAUAGAGAGAGGUUUGAUCUGGCGGAGCUGUUGAAAUCAACGGCGGAUGUGUUGGGGAGUGGGAGCUUUGGGUCUUCGCAUAAGGCGGCUCUAUCGGUAGGGCCGUCAAUGGUGGUGAAGAGACAUAAAAAGAUGAAUAACGGUGGGAAAGAAGAGUUUAUAAAGCAUAUGGAAAACUUAGGGUGGUUGAGACAUGAGAAUGUGCUUCCUCUCGUUGCUUAUUGUUAUAGGAGGGAAGAAAAGUUGCUAGUUUCUGAUUUUAUGGAAAAUGGAAGCUUGGCUGUUCAUCUUCAUGGUCACCAGACACUGAGAAAAGCACCACUAGAUUGGCCAACACGAUUAAACAUAGUAAAAGGAGUAACCACAGGUCUGGAAUACCUCUACAACGAACUCCCAGCUUUAAUCUCACCUCACGGUCAUCUCAAAUCUUCAAACGUCCUUCUCAACGAAUCCCUUCAACCUUUACUCACAGAUUACAGUCUAAUCCCAUUAAUCAACCCAGAAAGCGCCCAAGAACUCAUCGUAGCUUAUAAAUCACCUGAAUACAUCAAACAUGGAAGGAUCACGAAGAAAACUGAUGUAUGGUGCCUUGGUGUAUUGAUUUUAGAGAUCUUGACCGGCAAAUUCCCUGCAAAUUUCUUACAAAAAGGAAAAGGAACCGAAGAACAAGAUUUGGCUGUGUGGGUAACAUCGAUUGUGGGUGAUUACGAAAAUAAUAACCCAGAAAUUAUGUUGAAGAUUGAAGAGGUUUUGGAUAAAGAUAUGGGGGGAGUGAAUAAUGGUGAUAAAGAGACGAUGGUUGAAUUGUUGAAGAUUGGGUUGAACUGUUGUGAAUCGGAUUUAGAGAAGAGAUUAGAUCUAAAAGAUGUUGUUGAGAGAAUUGAUGGAUUAAUGAAGGGUAAAAAAGCUCAUGGGAUUGAUGAUGAUGUCUCAUCACAUGCAACUAAUUAA